AUGAUAUCCAUAAACGUUAUUGUAAAUGAGUUCUUCAAGAUCCUGCAAUCAGUAGGUUCCACGUCUCUGGUGCAAUGGUUACUGCGAGUGCUAAGCAUUUCCCAAGCAGUAUUUCAAACAGGGUGGCCUGAAAACUACGAGAUAUCAGAUGGUGAGAGAUUUGACUUCAUUGUGGUUGGGAGUGGGUCAGCAGGCAGUGUGGUAGCUGCUCGGCUUUCCGAAAUACCAGAGAUAAAAGUGUUGCUGCUCGAGACAGGGGGUGACCCACCCCUUACUAGUGUGAUUCCUGGUUUCUUCCCAACUCUUCAAGGCACUGAAUAUGACUGGAAUUACAAAGCCUAUUUUGAUGAGGAUGUUGGCAAGGCACACCCUGGUGGAUACAUUAACUAUUCAAGAGGCAAGGUACUUGGAGGCUGUUCGUCUACCAACUACCUGGUAUACGCACGAGGCAAACCCGAGGAUUAUGAAAACUGGAAUCGUAUAGCACCCGGCUGGGACUGGAAGACAGUAUUGUAUUAUUUCAAGAAGUUAGAAGACAUGAGAGAUCCAAUAAUCUUUGAGUAUCCAGAAAAUGCUCGGCUCCAUUCAACAACUGGACCUGUUAAAGUCUCCAGACCACAACCUUUGCCGUCAACUAAUGCUAUAGAUGACUCCAGGUUACAAUCUUACGAAGAAAUGGGUAUCCCGCGAGUUCUGGAGAUUAAUGGGCCAGAAAUUCUUGGAGCUGCUCGACCACAUUUCAAUAUUUAUGGUGGUAGGCGAUCGAGUACAGCAGAAUCAUACCUAAGACCAGCAAAAGACAGACCUAAUCUGAAAGUGGCCAAGUAUUCCACAGUCACUAAAGUAUUAAUUGAUUCUAGUACUUUGCGUGCGUAUGGUGUACAGGUGUAUACAUCUAGUAAGAAAUAUAUCAACGUAUACGCUACUGAAGAGGUUAUUGUGUCUGCUGGUACAUUCAACAGUCCAAAAAUUCUCUUACAGUCAGGAAUAGGACCUGAUGAGGAAUUAUCAAAGUUACGGAUAAAGACAUUAGUAGAUCUGCCAGUUGGUAAAAAUUUACACGAUCACCAGAUUGUACCGUUGAUUUAUAAAGGAAAGCGUGGAUUAGAAUCAGCUGUCCAAAAUGUAAUAGCCGCUCCACAUUUAGAUACUUUACCUGUACCGGUACAAAGCGGUUACUUUAGAGUAAACAAUAGUGAAUACGCUUACCCUUCCAAUUUACAACCACAAAUUCAAUUCUUCAACACAUACAUUGGAGCCGGUGCCUCUGCUGUUCUCUUGAUAGCAUGUAAAACUAUAGCUAACCUUGAAGAAAGAGUUUGCUUCGGACAAGCAGCAAGCAAUGCUUUUAAUGAAAUAGAUUAUGUUUUCCUUGUCCUUCUACACCCUCUAUCAAGAGGACAAGUAAAACUUCGGAGUACAGAUCCCCUAGAUGACCCUAUAAUUGAGUUGGGCUAUUUUAGAGAUAGUUAUGACCUAAAAGUGGCUACAGAGGGAGUAAAACGCAUGAAUUCUUUAAUAAACACAACGUACUUUAGAAACGUCAGGGGAAGUAUUCCUAGAUGGAGUGUGACUGCGUGUGAACAUAUAGAAUGGGGUUCGGAUGAAUUUUGGGAGUGUUAUGCGAAGAACACUGUAGUAUCGCUGCUGCACGCUGUUGGUACAUGUCGGAUGGGACACGAAGGUGUUGUGGACGAGAGACUGAGGGUUCACAGGUUAGCUAGACUGCGAGUAGUGGAUGCGUCAAUCAUUCCAUUGAUACCGAGUGGCAAUACUAACGCUCCGACUAUGAUGAUAGGCGAGAAAGCUGCAGAUAUGAUCAAGGAAGACUUUUAUGAACGCAACAGAGUGUAAGCUGUAUCUCGUUUUAAACACAAAGACAAUAUUUGCCAAAGUCUUAGACAUAACUAAACAUUAUUAUUAUUUUUUACUUACCUGUGAUGUAUUUGUUGGCUGUUAUUAGAUCGUCCAUUUACAGUACGAAAUGCAAGUUAAGAGCAUCCUUAACACAUUGUCAUACAAUGUAUAAUGCCGUGACAAAAUAAAGAGUUCCUUUAAGAGA